AUGACUUCCAAAGCCGACAUCAUCGAAGAGCGCAAGGCCAACCUCCCUCUCCCCGAACAGCCACCGAAAGCCUCAGACUGGAACUCCGCCGACGAGCGCACCGUGAACGUCGGCGCAGGCGGCCAGGAAACCGGCCUCUCACACUCGGGCCUCGGCAGCGAGAACCUGCGCGAGCCCGCCACCAGCGACGAGGUCGGCUCUACCGGCCGUCAAGCCAAGGAUGGCCUGAGCGGCAUCCCCAACGACGCCGUCAGCCGCGAGAAGAAGGAUCACAAGGGUCUGGCGCAGACGACCGGCAAGGACUAUGGAUAUCCGCAGAAGAACGACCCGAGCUCGGGACUGAAGUAG